CGCAGAAACUAGAGGAACCGGGUGGAUGGUUGAGGUUUCGCUUUCUCGGCUCUUAACAGAGGACUGGUCAGUAGCCUGCCGGCGGAAGGGCCCGCCGCCCGGAGCCUGGUUAAAAGACAGGCGGGGAGGAGGAAUGCAUCCUAUGAGAACAGGGCGGCCUCCUUUGCCCUGUUCCGUCCUUUAGUAUUGAAAAUCCGAGCGCGAAGCCAGAGCAGUAGGGAAGCUUUAAGCUGCCAGGAAGAAACAGAAUUGGAGUCAUUUUUGAAAGAAGUCAAGAACAGAGAUGGCCAGCUGGCAAGAAAGUAACAGCUCUGUUAGCACCAAUGGGACAGAUUUAACAAUUGGUUUCACCUCUUCAGCAAUAGCAGUCUUCUUAUUUGGAACAAACUUUGUACCGGUUAAGAAAUUUGACACUGGUGAUGGAAUGUUCUUCCAAUGGAUUCUCUGUACUGCUAUCUGGAUAGUUUCAUUAAUCGUCAACCUUAUUCAGAACUGCCCUAGGUUUUGGCCUCUCGCUAUGGUUGGGGGCUUUUUGUGGGCUACAGGUAAUGUAACAGUUGUCCCCAUUGUUAAAACCAUUGGGCUGGGCCUUGGGCUCUUAAUCUGGGCUUCUUUUAACUUGCUAACUGGCUGGGCAAGUUCAAGGUUUGGCUGGUUUGGAAUUGAUCCAGAAGAGGUAGCAAAGCCAGUCUUAAACUAUGUGGGAGCUGGACUUUCAGUUUUAAGCACUAUCCUGUUUCUUUUUGUAAAAACUGAUGUUCAGAGUUCUUCGCCAUCAUCAGAAAGCACUCCAUUAUUAAGAGAACAUUCAAUCAAUACUUCUGAACAUAGGAAUGAAAACAGGAAUGAUCCGUCAUGGGUAGACAGUCUUUCUCCGCUGGGAAAGAGGAUAGUAGGCUGUUGCCUGGCUGUGAUAGCUGGAAUACUGUAUGGUUCUAGUUUUGUGCCUGUGCUUUACGUCAAGGACCAUGGCAGAAGAAAUGGAACGGCAUAUACAGGAGCGAGUCAGUUUGAUUUAGAUUAUGUCUUUGCGCAUUUUAGCGGCAUCUUCCUUACAAGUACCAUCUACUUUUUGAUCUACUGUGCAGUAAUGAAAAAUCAUCCUAAAGUGUAUCCUGAAGCCAUAAUCCCAGGAUUUGUAUCUGGCGUAUUGUGGGCAAUAGCCACUUGCUGUUGGUUCCUGGCAAAUCGUUACCUCAGUGCUGUGGUUAGUUUUCCAAUAAUUACUGCGGGUCCUGGCUUUAUAGCUGCAAUGUGGGGAGUCCUGGUCUUUAAAGAAAUAAAGGGUCUGAAAAAUUAUUUUUUACUCUUAGUAGCCUUUUGUGUUAUUUUGGCUGGGUCACUCUCAACAGCUUUUUCUAAAGUUUGAAGAACAUAAUUUGAACCAACAGAUGGCAGCAGCAAUAAAGGCAUUUAAGCUAUGCCAGAAGAUUGUAUAUUUUCUUGGAUCACAAAUACCGUCACUUUCACUAGUGAGAGAGUCCGUAAAUCAAGAACUAUUUGCACUAAAUGCAGAUGAUUUCGUUGUGUUCGGAAAAAUAAGAAGAAAUCUUUUUAAUGCUUAAAGGUUGGACUAUCGUGGAAUGAAAUCUGACUCAGAAUGAUUCUCUGAAGUAUUAUUGGUGCAGGGAAGUAAUAUCUGUGUUAUGGAGCAUGCUGUCUUUCUUUUUCAUAUUUACAGAGGACUUCUUAACAAGGAUCACUAUAUCUGGAGAUACUGGUUGUUUUCAGAUACCUGGAUUGGAGCCCACUCCCAGUUCCCCUGAGUUUCAGAACAGGGGCUUACCAUGUGGUUCUUUGAAGCAUAGCCAUAAGCAGCAGUCCUUGUGAAACACGAAGUCCUUUGUGCAGGAGCAAGGAAUAAAAGGAAGCCACGCAUUUGUCGAAGGCCCAUAGCUUAGUGAUAAAACACAUGGGAUUGAGUCCAGGCAGCUUUUUCACUCCCAUCUCAUUCAGUUAUCUUUCUUGCUACAGCCUCCAUCCCAUGACUUUUAUGCAGGUCCCAUUAUCCCUACCAUAACCUUUUCAAUAGUCAAAGUGGGCUCUCUCCCUUUUUCAUCAGUGGAAAAGCUGGUUGGAUCUAACACAUAUAUUGUAAGUGUGAAGUCCCAAGUUCAAUCUUCAGUAUGUCCAGUUAAAGGAUUUCAGGUAGAUAUUGUGUGGUGCUGCGAGUCAUACUGGGAAUAAUCAACAGCUUCAUUCAAUACAAGGAAGCUUCCUAUGAGGUCAAACAGAUCUUUAUUACCAAAGUAGGAUCGCAGCGGUACCAAAUAACUAUGGUAUCGGUUAUCUUUCAAAAGAACAUUGACUUAGAUUUUCAUUUAUAUUUUUCCACGUAUUAUAUUAUUUUAAUGUUUAUUCUGAGGAGUUAGCCAUGUUAGUCUGUAAUUGCAAAAUAGUAUAGAGUCCAGUAGCACCUUUAAGACUAACCAAUUUUAUUGUAGAUAAGCUUUUGAGAACCACAUGCAUCUGAUGAAGAGAGCUGUGGUUCUCGAAAGCUUAUGCUACAAUAAAGUUGGUUAGUCUUAAAGGUGCUACUGGAUUGUUUACUAAUGUGUAUUCUGUUGUGUAUUAAUAUCCCUUAUUGUUCCUUAUGUUAAAAUCAUUUAUGGUUUAUUAAAGUUGAACUUUAAUCAA